GAAGGUAGAGAAAAAGAAUGAAAUAUAAGUACAUACAAUAAUAAUACAUAGAAUCAAGAAUUCCUCCCCAGCCACGUAACUUGGUACAUGCAUUAUGGCCCAUUCCAUGUUUUGUCUGAAUUGAACACUUCCCACAUCACUUUCUAUGACCAACAACGUUGGUUUCGUUUGGUUGACUUUUCCUCCCACCCUCACCUCACCACUUUCAAUUCAAUCGAAUUGUCUUGUCAUAUCAUAUCAAAGUUGAUGUAAUUUUAUAAAAAAUAAAUCGUUUUACUUAGUUUUUUUAUUUGUAAAUAAAAUCAAAAGAAAAUAGGAUUACAACAGAAGAUUAAAUAAAAACCAACCAAGCUCAGGGCCUUUGGCCCCAGCUUCACGCUGCCACACCGGGGCACCUUCCCCCCAAAACGUCACAUACCUAAGAUAUGUCGAUACAAAGUUCCAUCCACAAUAUUUCGUAAUUGGUCGUAAUCAUGUCUCAGUGGAACAAUUCAUACGCUUAUAACAACCAAUACCAAGGUGCUAACACUUGGGAGGGUGGUACGAAUGAUCAGUAUUCAAAUCAAGCCUAUCACCCCAACCGGCAGUAUAAUUCUAGUGAUCAAUAUGUGAGUUUUAAUGAGUUUCUCUCUCAGAUGCAACAUAAUGGUGCUGUGCCAGCGAAUACAGCCAACUACAGCAAUGGCCAGUAUCAAAAUUAUGAUUACAACUACCAGAACAUGCCAUCUUCAUCUGUAAAUACUCAUGGUGACACAUAUUAUGGAUCAAACUCAUCAACUGGUGCAGAUUGUGUUCAGAACCAAUACACUUCUGCUUGUCCUACAGAGCCUACUUCUUCAGCAGAUUACUCUAAGAGUGAAGUUGUAUUGAAAUCCAAAUUGACAGCAACUGCUACAGAAUUUGUGCCAAAAAGGUCAAAUGUUAAGCCAGCCGCAAGUGUUCAAAACAUUCCAGAGGCUUCCAGUAGCACUGUAGAUGUUACCUCGGAGCCUAGGAAAGUACAAGGCAGUUCUUCAGACACAAACUGGAGAGAAAGACCAAGAGCAUCUCAGAACGGUGAUACUAACCAUAGGGGUCAUAAUAAUCAUAGAGAUAACUACAGGCAUAAUGAAGCUAAAAAUCGUAAUCGUGACAAUUAUAGAGAUCAUAAUCGGGAUGGUAACAGGGCUCGUGACCGAGACAGUAAUAUUGAUCGUGAUCACUAUAGUUAUAAUGAUUCUGAAAGAGAUAGUAACAGGGAUCGUUAUCAAGAUAACAGUAGCCGUUAUGACAGUAAUCAAGAGUCAUAUAAUCGUAAUGAGAGAAACCAAUCGAAAUCAAACUUUAAAGGGAAAAAGAAAGAAGAGACUGAUGCUGGUAGAACCUUCUACAAUAGCAGGACUCCAGGGGGGGCAGAAGAGAGGGUGAGGAAUGGUAAAGAAGGGUCAGGCAGAGGAAGGAACUGGGCUGGAAGCCAGCGAAUAAGGGCUACGGAUCGAAAUUACUCUGAAGAUGAACAAUAUGCUAGCAAUUAUUUGCAAUACAGAGAUGAAAGGCCGGAAAGACCUUCGAAGUCGGAAAAUGUACACAGCCCAGUUAAUAAUAGGAACAAAAAUUCAGAUCAAGACAAGAAGACAAAAGGCCAGUCCUCAACGGAGAUGACCCAGCGUGAGCGUCUCAGUGAACAGCUGGACAAGGGCACGCUGGAAUGCCUCGUCUGCUGCGAGCGGGUGAAACAGACCGACCCCGUGUGGUCGUGUGCCAACUGUUACCAUGUUCUGCAUCUCAGGUGUAUCAGGAAAUGGGCCAUAAGCAGUAUGGUUGAGGGAAAAUGGCGGUGCCCCGCCUGUCAAAACACGAGCGAGUCCAUACCGACCGAGUAUCGUUGUAUGUGCGGCGCGAUCCGUUCGCCGGAAUACGUCCGCGGGGCGAGCGGUGCGCACACUUGCGGCAAGUCUUGUAAGAGGCAGAGGAACUGUCCGCAUCCCUGUACGCUGUUGUGCCAUCCGGGCCCUUGUCCGCCGUGCCAGGCCACUGUUAACAAGCAAUGCGGUUGCGGGGCCGAGACUCGUUCAGUGCUGUGCAGCAGCAAGCUGGCCCAGGUGUGCGGCCGGACUUGCCACCGCACCCUCUCGUGUGAGGUCCACACGUGCCAGAAAGAGUGCCACGAGGGACCUUGUGAUGAAUGCAACGAGACCGUCACACAGGUGUGCUACUGCCCCGGCGCGGUGUCGCGCUCGGUGGCGUGCGCGCGCGAGUCGGGGCGGAGCGCGCGCUGGUCGUGCGGCGCGGCGUGCGCGCGCGUGCUGGCGUGCGGCGCGCACGUGUGCGGCGCGCGCUGCCACCCGCCGCCCUGCGCGCGCUGCCUGCUGCUGCCCGACAGCGUGCGCACCUGCCCCUGCGGGAAACGCAAACUUGACAAAGACAUUCGGAAAUCUUGCACAGACCCGAUUCCACUGUGCGGCAACAUCUGUGCUAAACCUUUGGAGUGUGGGCCCGCGGGGGACAAACAUUUCUGCAAGCUAGAUUGCCAUGAAGGUCCAUGCCCAACUUGUCCGGACAAGACCCUGUUACAAUGUCGCUGUGGUCACUCCAGCCGCGAGGUGCCGUGCGCCGAUCUACCGCAGAUGUACAACAAUGUGCUGUGUCAGAAGAAGUGUAAUAAGAAACUGUCAUGCGGGCGUCACCGCUGCCGUGCAACAUGUUGCGCGGCCACGUCGCACCGCUGCACGCUCGUGUGCGGCCGCUCGCUCACGUGCCAGUUGCACCGCUGCGAACACUUCUGUCACACCGGACACUGCCCGCCCUGCCCUCGCGUCAGCUGGGACGAGCUUCGCUGCGAGUGCGGCACCGAGGUCCUACUCCCACCGAUCCGGUGCGGCGCGCGGCCGCCGGCGUGCGGCGCUCAGUGCUCGCGCGCGCGCCCGUGCGGCCACGAGCCGCUGCACGCGUGCCACGCCGGCGACUGCCCGCCGUGUGUCGUGCUCACCACGAAGCGCUGUCACGGCGGACAUGAGGAACGGAAAACAAUACCGUGUUCGCAAGAAGAGUUCUCUUGCGGAUUACCCUGCGGCAAACCGUUGCCGUGCGGCAAACAUACCUGUAUCAAAACUUGUCACAAGGGACCGUGCGAUACUGGCAAAUGCACGCAGCCGUGCAACGAGAAGCGCGCGAGCUGCGGGCACGCGUGCGCGGCGCCGUGCCACGCGGGCGCGGGCGCGGGCGCGUGCCCGAGCGCGGCGCCGUGCCGCCAGCUCGUGCGCGCCACGUGCCCGUGCGGCCGCCGGCACGCCGCGCGCGCCUGCCACGACAACGCCCGCGACCAGGCCAAGAUGAUGAGUGCCUUGGCCGCCACGAAAAUGCAGGAGGGCGGGUCCGUUGAUCUGUCCGAUGUGCAACGUCCCGCAAAUAUGUUGAAAACGUUGGAAUGCGACGACGCGUGCCGCAUGGAGGCCCGCGCUCGCCAACUGGCGCUGGCGCUGCAGAUCCGCAACCCGGACGUGUCCGCCAAGCUGGCGCCGCGCUACUCGGAGACGCUGCGCGGCCUCGCCGCCAGGGACCCCGCCUUCGCGCAGCAAGUGCAUGACCACCUCUCGGAGCUGGUGCAGAAGGCCAAGAAGUCGAAACAGAAAACCCGUUCGCACUCGUUCCCCUCAAUGAAUUGGCAGAAGCGUCAGUUCAUACACGAGAUGUGCGAACACUUCGGCUGCGAGAGCGUCGCUUACGACGCCGAGCCCAACAGGAAUGUGGUGGCUACUGCCGAUAGGGAGAAGUCGUGGCUGCCAGCUAUGAGCAUCCUGGAGGUGGUGUCCCGCGAGGCAGGAAAGAGACGCGUGCCCGGCCCGGUGCUUCGGACGCCCGCACAGACAAACAAACCAUCAUCGAACGCAGCCGGUAGUAGUAGCACAAGCGGCAGCGGCUGGGCCACACUUACUUCGACCAACGCGUGGGCGGCGCGUAGCAACAAACAGCAACAACAAACGCAACAGCAACAACAACCGCAACCACAACAACAACCGCAACAACAACAACAGACGGCAGCCACGCCCGCCGAAAAAAUAGACUACUUUGACAACCCCCCGGACAACUAGUCGUUCGAUCGGUUUGAUUGGUUUUAGUUGCCAACUCGUCUAAAGCCGCGUACAUACAGGGCCAACGAAGGAGGGAAGGAAGGAACCAACCUUGUUGUAAAUAUAACCGAUAUUGUUAACUCGAAAGAAAAAUGAUAUAAUGGAAACAUGACUUUAAAUGACGUUUUAUCUUUGUCUUUCAAAUAAAGCCAGUUGGAGAGUGAUGGAGUUUCAUCUCUUUCUAAUGAUACCAAUAGAAAACAAACGGAAGGAUAUCAAAAAAUCAUAGUCUUUUUCCAUGCUGAAGCUCGUGGGUGUUUUGACAGGUUAGUCAUAUUUCCUUCGUCGGCUUUAAAAUGUAGGCAUUGGUUUGCACGAAACCAUCCAAAGAGGAUUAACGGAGGCUAGCGAAACUCCUUCGUUGACUGGGUGUGUACGCGGCUUAAUGCAAAGAAAGUUUAAAUUCAAAUAAAUAAAAUAUUCUUUAUUGCAGUAAUCUUGGUUACAAUAAUUAUGCAAGGUCUUCCCAGUAUUCAAUUUUGUACCUUUGUGAAUCUACAAACUAUGAUAUCGGUGGAAUUUUUACUCACUGUAUACCUAUAGUACAGAAUCACCGAAUCACUGGUGGAAGCCACGAUUUAUCCUACUACUAUUAUAAAGGCGAAAGUUUGUAUGGAUGUAUGGAUGUUUGUUACUCUUUCACGCAAAAACUACUGAACCGAUUACCAUGAAAUUUGGUAUGUAGGUAGCUGAAGACCCAGAAUAACACAUAGGCUACUUUUUAUCCCAGAGUUCCCGCGGGAUUGAUAGGGUUUCCAUGCGGACGAAGUCGCGGGCGGCCUCUAGUAAAGUAAAUAAAAGGAACAAGUUUCAUGUGGGUAAUAAAGAACAAUUUUCCGUUAGAGGCGCUAGUGUUCUUAGUCGACAGUGGCGCCAACUGAUGAGCACAACAAUUAGUCUAGCGUGUAUAUUUUGUUUCUGAUCAAAUACAUGUUACAAUAAAAAAAAAAGAAUUAUCAAGUCUUAAUAUUAUUUCAACGGGUCUAUUUAGUUAAAAGAUGCAUAGUUAGUUAUUUAAAACAGCACCAAAACCACACUUUAUAACAAUUGAAUAUUUCUUUGCGUUUGACGAAUCGGAUACUAGUUUGACAGUUGGUGUUCAACUAUCUUGCCAACCCAAGUGGACUCUUAACAGUGGGAAAAUAGGAAUGUUAAGUAAGUAAGUAGCUCAAUGUCUGAAGGUCAGGUGCGUAAAAUAUAAUAUUAUUUCAAGUAAAUGUCAAACGGACUUUUAGUAUUGUUAUUAAUGUCUUGUGAAAAGUAUGUUUUGCGGCGAAGUAUGUGUAGAAACAAGAAAAACAGUCACACAGACCGCGAAGAAAUGAACAAUAAGACAUAUACAAUAAGGUUCGUAUUGUAUAGAAAAAAAAUCAAAUAGCUACACAUUACUUCGUCGAAGUUUAAAAAGAGGCGGUUUCUGAUUGGUUAAUUUAACAACCAUUUACAGCGGUUUACUGUCAGCGGAUGUAAGCUGAUUGGCCUGAAGUUUUUCGGGCAGUUUCGGUGGGAACGCCUGGUAAAUGAACUUUAUUUGGGAUGAGUGACAUAAAAUGCCGUUUGACAGAUAUGUUUUAUUUUGAAAAUGCGGUGUUCUAAUCCAAUGUCGGUUUAAAAAUGUUUUACGAAAUUAUUUUUAUCCGUUUAUCUUGCUGUGGAUCGAAUUGGGUUAAAUAUUUAAAAUAAAAAGGAAAAGUCACCGCAUUUUAUUUAUUAAAAAAUUACGCCACCUCAGGUUUAUAAUAGUCUGAAAUAAGCUUUGUUCACACAACCGCAGAGGUUGGAACACUGAUAUGAAUGAUAUAAAUACGCUAAAUAAUGGACUUUGAAAUGUAUGUAUGUAUAAAAUGUUGAUUUGGGCUUGGUUAAUGCCAAGAUGCACGUAAUUGGUAUUGAGUAAUUUAUGAAUGUAUUUUGUUUUUGGUAUUGGUAUUGAAAAUUCGUCCGGGUUGCAAACGUAUUUAUAUUCAGAUCAAUGAAUAUGGACCACGAUGUUUACAGCGGGGAUAAGAGUUAAUCCAUUCUUUGUAUAUGAUGACAUAUUAUUAAUUCAGUUAUGUGUAGGUACAUCGGUCUUUAAAUUAUUCUGGAUAACUUGAUUACGCAUUAUUUCCGCUGUUCAUCCGCCUUAUUUCAGACUAUAGAUGUUACAAACUCACUGCUAAAGUUAUUUCACAUACGCAUUAUUGUUGUAAAUACUGUAUAGAUAAUUCUUCAAGAAGGGUAAAAAGAUUUCUCUAUGGUUGGAAGCUAGUGUGUGAAAUCUUAUGUUUUGUGGAUGGAUCACAUCCAUACGCCUGUACUUUAGUGCAAAGAUUACUUUUUGGAUGUAUACCUACAUCUUACUUAAAGAAAAAUGUUCGAGGUACAUUAAAGGUUAACAAGGAUGAAAUGCCUUAAAAAAUAAAGGAUAAAAGAUAAAUAUUUACUGAAGAAAUCGCCAUUUUGCAGCAGUAUAUGUGAAUUUUUGAUAUACUUAGAAAAUACUCUACAGCGCUUACUUGAAAACUUAAAUGUGAAAUAAUAUAAUCAAGUCAGUAAUUAAUUGCAAUGAGUUUGUAAACAUAUUUUUAGAUAAUAAUAGCGUCAAUUUUUUAUAAAUGUCUGUUCAUAUUAUAUUAUACACGAAAUAAGAGUUUGGCUUAUAGUUCGUUUUUGUGUAGCGGGAUAUAUUUUGUAUACGUUUUUUGUAAACAUUCGUACUGAUUUCUAUGCCAUUAUAUUAAACUGUUUUAUUGAGGGAAGGAAGGCUGCCAAGAGAGAAUAUGACUCGCGUCUAGACUCCGCAAAUUGAUCGUGUAACAAUUCCUAUUUCAACAUUUUGCAAUUAAAUAUUGUUUUAUUAUACAUUUGAAUGGCAAAAUGUUUAAUUAAAUAAAUAAAUUAAAUUUUCAUUACAUUUUUGAAUACUACUACAGCUUAGAUGAUCCACCAAGUCGUCACUGCCUAAUUUACUUACCUAUAGCUUAUUUGAAAGUAUUUUUAUAUCUUCCAUUUUAAUAAACUACUAUUAGAUGAAGUUAAAACGACUGAUUUGAAAUUUUCUAUAACUGUGACGCAGCAUUGCGUAUGAAUUUUAUUAAUUAAUCUUAUUUUAGGCUUUUUUCCAAAUUUAUGAAUUUGCGGUGUCUGUGAUUUAUUUGUUUUGAAUACGCGUGCGCUGUUAGCGAUUAAAAAAAGUGAGACUAUCAUAAUGAUAAUUAUUACACCUACCUUUAGUAUUUAUAGCUAGUACAUUUUUCACAGUUCAAAUUAACAUUUCUUCGAUGGCCAGUGUGAAACAUUGAUAACAGUAAAAUAUUUCAAUGACAAAAAUAAUAAUUGUUAAACGUAAACAUGGAUUUAGAUCGAAUGAUAAGAACGUAUUAUUGAGCAUAAUUUUCAGAAAAAAUUAACGAGUAAUCUAAGCUAAAUUAACGAAAUAGUAACGCGCACCAUAUUUAAAAAGGUUUCAGCACAAAAUAUUUAUCCUAUAUAUGAAAAUCCUAAAAAUAUUUAUAACAAACUCUUAAAUCAAUACUUAGAAAAGAACAUAAUAUGACAGUAAUAUUUGCUUUUUUUUGUAAAAUAUAAAUUUGGCAAUUGUAACGAAUCCCGCGCCUGAUAAAUAACACUUUGAAUAUAUUAUUUUGUUUGUACAACUCUAGAUAAGAUUAUUUUUGUUUCUACUUAAUUCUAUUUAUUCUGAUGUUAUUUCAACUUCGUCCCUGGUUUUUGCCGGAAGAAUUCUGUUUAAGUGUGUAAGUAUUCCGUUUUAUCCUUCGUUUUUUUUUACUUCAGUACCAAUAUAUUUAUAAAGUUGAAUAACAAUUAUUCACAGAUCAUAUAGUAUGUCAUCUGCUAAUUGUAAAAGUCAGUUAAGACUUAUUAAACUGGAAUUUUACUUUUAGGCGGUGGGCUAGCAACUUACGGCUUUAAUCUUGUUAUUAUGGAUGGCUCCAUCUACCCUAAAAAGGAUAAACACGUGAUAUGUUAAUCUAUGUAUCGACUGUUAAAGUUGAAAACCUUUAGCAGAACUCUUCCCGUAAAGUCAGAAAUCCAAAGAGACGGCAUGUUAUACUGUGAAGCUAAUUGAACUGUUUAAUUAAUAUGUGGCAUGAUGUAUUUUAUAAACACGAAUUUAUCGAAGGUGGAGGGAUGAACUCUUAUGAACAUUAUCGAUGUAAUUUGUUGUAGACGAUGAAUAUAGUAACUGAAUAAUUCGCUGUUGUACAGGCGACAUGUGUAUUAAAGUGUUACAUAUUUGUUAA